AUGCGCCUGGGAGGUCCCAGUGGCCUUCCCCAAGCGGUCGCGCCCUCCCUCGCGCCCAGGGCGCACGGCACUGCUGGAUCCCGGCCGGCCUGGAGCCCCGAGCAGCGGCGGAAGAGGCAGGUGCGGCGCGCUGGCCCGGGUCAGCCCUCCACCUGCCGCAGCCCCGGGCGCCCCGGAGGUCCCGUGGCUCCGCGCCCCCCGCCCUCCUCGAGCUCUUUGUUACAGCCCGACUUCCUGUUUGCGGCCUCCCGACCUCGGCUCACUUCCCGGGCCGGGAAGCCGCCGAAGGCCGCGAGUUUCUCGGAGACUCCCCGCCCGCUCGGCUCCGCCUCCUGCAGCCCCGAAUCCCGCCCCCGGCCGGGGAGCCCGCGUCGGGCCGCGGCCGCGGGAAGCCUGUGUCGCCGGCGGGCCAUCGGGCGGGACUGCCUGGGCCCCGUUGCCCGGCAGCAGGGGGCGCUGAGCGGCCGCACGGCCGCACCUGGACCGGGACCGCGGUCGCUUCGCAAGGCUCGGGGUCAGCCCUUCUCUGCCCUGGAGGUCACCACGACGAGCCGGAGGAGGGGGCAGCCUGACGCGAGUUCAGUGUCGUUUUUGUCGCGUAGAGCUCCCACCAGGCCUCGGCCCCCUAAGCAGAGAGAGUAG